UAGCGAGCGCGCGCAGAGGACUUUGAGGGAAAGCCGAGGCUUCGGGGUGGGAGCUCGACUCGACUGGAAAGUUCGUGGUUCCUCGCAGAAACUACGGCGGCGGCGCGCUGGAGGUGAUGGGCCAUGCUGCAGACCCGGAGCUCAGCGAUUCCUCCGCCGCCCGGUUCUUCUUCUUCUUCUUCCAGCUCGGUCCCGCUCGGCUCGCUCCUCCUCAGCCCGCAGAGCGCAGCGCGCCGCCUGUGACUGAGCGGCCGCAGGUGCGUGAUGACCGCAGAAAGAAGUGGAACGGAGACACAGACGCUCAUGUUAACAAGGUGUCCGUUUUUUCAAGCUUCUUGGUCUGAGGACUGGAGGAGGAAAGCUGGAAGAGCUCCAUGAAGGAGUUAUGGCCAACAUUUCAGAGGACGGCUACAUCAACUGCACCAUCAGCUCCGAAAUCCACCAGUACUUGUUUUCAAGUGUUUACAUCCUGGUCCUGCUGCUGGGCUUCCCAGCCAACGUGUACUCGCUGUACCACGCGUGGCAGCAGGUACGGGCGCGGAACGAGCUUGGCGUCUACCUGCUGAACCUGACUGUGUCCGACCUGCUCUACCUGGCUUCCCUGCCCCUGUGGCUGCAGUACUUCUUCCAGGGUGACAACUGGAAGCACAAGGAGUGGCUGUGUCAGCUCUGUGGCUUCCUGCUCUACGAGAACAUCUACAUCAGCGUCGGCUUCCUCUGCUGCAUCUCCAUCGACCGCUACCUGGCUAUCGUCUACCCCUUUCGCUUCUACAAGUUCCGCACCAUGCGGGCAGCCGCUCUGGCCAGCGCCCUCAUCUGGAUCAAAGAGCUGGCUGUGGGGGUGGUCUUCUUUGGCCGGAAGGAGCUCAGCAUGGACCGAUCGAACCAGUCGGUGUGCUUCGAGCACUACCCCAUCAGGGACUGGGAGCGGCUCAUCAACUUUUAUCGCUUCUUCGUGGGUUUCCUGUUUCCGCUGGGCAUCCUGUCGGCGUCGUACUUCCGUGUGCUGCGUGCGGUGGCGAAAAGCACCGGCACUCAGAGCACCCAGAAGACCCGCAUCAAGCAUCUGGUGAGCAGCACCGUCGUCAUCUUCCUGGUGUGCUUCUCACCUUACCACCUGUUCCUGCUGGUGCGCACCGUGUUCGAGAAGAAGUGCGACUUGAUCGAGACCAUCUUCAACUACUACCACUUCUCGCUCCUGCUCACCAGCCUCAACUGCCUGGCUGACCCGGCCCUCUACUGCUUUGUCAGCGAGAGCGCUCAGCGAGAGAUCCAAUGGGCCCAGGAGGCCUGCUGUCGGAUCUUGUGCUGCAGGCAGCGGACAGGCAGCCUAGAGGACUCCAACAAUGACCUUCCCCCAGCUGUCGAGAACGGUUCGGGAAUCAGGCUCCUGCACCAUUGCAAACAGACCUCUUAGGGCCAAGACCCAGAACCAACACCAUCAAUCUUCUCUAUCAUUUCUAACCUGGAACCAGAUAGUUUAGGUGGCAGGAAUCUAGAAAAGUUUAGAUGCGUUUCAGCUGGUCUGAGUCUACAGUGAAACUUGAUUGGUUGUGAUUUUAUCCUAAAACAUUAAGCAUCGGGACAAAUUUCUAGAUAUUAAGCUUGAGACGUGUUUACGUGGUUUCCCUUGUUUUCCUCAGGGAUUUCUAGCCUCAAACCUUCUAUAUACAUUCUCACUUUGAGGUCAUGGGCAUCUGUUUAUUCCAAGUAGUUUGGCCAGAUACAUUGACAGUUCUGUGUGUUGGCAACUGUAAGGACUGUACAUCUGCAUGAGGUCGGCGGAGAAAAAUCAAUAUUUCUGGACUGGAACUGCUGCACUAUGCUCAGCACUCUAUAUCAGUACAGACAAAUGACAAUACGGAUCUGUGGUCUUGAGUUGCAGUUAAUGUGCAUUUUACAGCGUGAGGAGUCCAUCAGAACUCCCCACGGUCAGCGAAGUCCCGUCACGGAAAAUUUUCAGUUCGGGACAAGGAAAAGGGAAGAAAUCGAAAGGAGGAGGAAAAACCCAAACAAAACGGAACGAAUCGUAAUAAUAAAUUUUACAAGUAUUUCAGGUUCGCAAGUCUUUAACGUAGCACCUCAGGGCUUUAGUCACAUCCGUCUGUUUGUGUCACAUUAAUCCCUCUUCGGUUCCUGUUCUGUCUCGGAAGAAUACGCUUCACUUCGUCAUGAGUGGAGUCACCCAGAUCGCGCUGUGAUAAAUUAUACAGGUUUAAGAGCAGGAGCAGUCUGGCCUGUGUUGCCAAAUCUUUUUCACGAGAUUAACAAGCCUUUCUGGUUUUUAAAAUAUAAAUACAUCAACGGGCUGAGGGGCGAGUAAGCGAAAUGUUGACUAAGAGUGUGAAGGAUCUGAGUCCAGGGUCCCAAGCGGCCAGUUUAACCUGGAUAACUUCCCACUACGAGGGCUUCAGCAGCCUGGGAAAGCAGGGGGAGGGUGACGGGGGCAGAAGGUCUUGGAAAAGCUAUUUCGCAGCAGGGGGGGAGCAGCCUAUGCUGAUCAGGAGGAGGGGUACCAGCGGACAAGCCCGACAGGUCCGGUACUUUCUGGUACAGGAGAAGUCCUCUUAGGAGGCAGUGUUAAGUGCCCAGAGGAAGCAUGUCCAUGUGUGUGGAGAGUUUCCAUGCUUAAAAUUUUACAUAUGUGCACUUUGUUAAACAUGUCUCGCCACCAGUCGGUGAACUGUGUCCCUAAGUGUCAGUUUUUUUUUUUUUUUGAUUAAAAUGACAAGAACUAAGACAGGCAGUCAUUGUGCAUCAAGAGUGUAUCUCCGAUGUAGAGAAACAAAGCAGUGGUAUGUGUAGUGCAUAAUUAUGAAGUAUAUCUGUCCAACAUUUAAGUUGCACAAUAUUUAAAGAGUAUUAUUAUUUUCCCUAGUAUUUGCUUCUCUUAGAGUACUUAAGUUGAAGCAUUAAAGCAUGUUCUGAGCUUAAACGUACUGGUGCUGUUUGAGGUCCGAAUCGUGCUUGCAACGAUCCGUGUAGGAAAUGCUCACGGCAGAAAAUUGUCUGGAUAAUUUUGUGGUGUUCAUGUUGGUAUAUUGAAUUUUACAUAUGUGUAAAGCUAUUUUUCUUUGUAUUAUGAGCCUUUGUUUGGUCAAGUAAAAGGUUUUUAAAAAUA